AAAACCCAACCAGACCAACGCUGUUUGCCAACUGAUCUAACCAAGAAUCAAAAGUGCUUUGAAUAAAUUAAUAAAUAGUUUACCACAUAACCCACUUGUCCAUUUGUAUAUAUCUCUUGCUUUCAUGGUCUGAGAUUCUGUUCUCAAUGACGGAGAAAAGUUCUGUCUCUCACUCAGUCACUCUCUUGGGAUCUCUUCUAAACCAUUCCCAUCCCAUCCUUGUUCAAAAGCUGACCCAGUACUGAAACAAAGUAGGUUAUUGCUUUGCACAAAACAUGGGGCAUUAUCAGCGCUGUUCUAAAUAUCACUGGAAAAAGAGUGAACUACCCCUGCAAGCUUUUUUGAUAGAGAGUGCAAGCUCUAGCUUUUACAAGAAAAUUACAAGGCUCAAGCUUCUCUCUUUCUUCCUUGCUAUUCUUUCUUGCACCUUUGUCUUGGCCACUCAGCUAUUUAGCUCCUCUUCUCACCUCUCUCUCUUAUGUAAAACCUUCUUUCCCUUAUCUCUCAUGGCUUUCUUUUAAAUUUCCCCUUUAUUUAUUUUUUGAUUUGUCAUUUGAUGUGUCUUUAUACUUUUGUAGAUUCAUUUCAAGAAGGAAAUUAUGGAUUAGAGGCUCCCUUGUGUACUACAAUCUCCACUGGUAUCUACUACUUAACCUCCCUCUUUCUCUCUCUCUCCAUCUCUGUGUGUGUUGGUCAUUUAUUUGUGUCAUAAAAUUUUCAAGUUCUAUGAUCAAUGCGUAUUUAUACACUAUUGUGAAUAGGGAUAAACUUUAUGCUACAAGACCCACUUGUCGGUUAUAAAUUUCUUAAUUUCAUAAGACAUUUAUUUAAAAUUCUGUUUGCUAAUUUGUUUCCCCUUUAAUGGAAGGAACUAUAUGUUGUGAUAGAAGCAGUAAUCGAUCUGAUGUUUGUAUGAUGAAAGGGGACGUAAGAAUGCAGUCUACAUGCUCUUCCAUUUUCCUCUAUGGCUCCUCGGACAAAAAUAACUUCACCAAUAAUUUCAUUCCCAACAUUGCCGAGGAAGAUGAACAAGAAGAUCAUGAGCAGGUACUCAACCACGAAAAGAUCAGACCCUAUACCCGAAAAUGGGAAACAUCUACCAUGAACAACAUUAAUGAAUUAAACCUUAUUGCAAAGGAAGGCAACCCAGAACUAAACCACCAUCACUGUGAUGUGCAGCAUGAUGUUCCAGCAGUGUUUUUCUCAACCGGGGGAUAUACUGGUAAUCUUUUUCAUGAAUUCAAUGAUGGGCUUGUUCCAUUGUACAUUACUUCCCAGCAUUUCAACAAGAAGGUCGUGUUUGUCAUUCUUGAAUACCAUAAUUGGUGGACCAUGAAGUAUGGCGAUGUCCUUUCUCAGCUCUCUUAUUACCCACCUAUAGAUUUCUAUGGAGAUGUGAAAACUCAUUGCUUCCCAGAAGCCAUUGUUGGUCUCAGAAUCCAUGGCGACCUCAGUGUAGAUUCUUCAUUGAUGGAGGGAAACAAGAGCAUUAUUGACUUCCGCAAUCUUCUUGACAGAGCUUAUUGGCCUAGGAUCAGAGGUCUAAUUCAAGACGAGGAACGGGAAGCACAGAAUAUGCAGAAGGAAAAUCAUUUUGUGCCUCUAGAAUCAGAAACCUUGUUAAAUCUUAGGGAGAAAAUGGUGGAGGAUCAAAUGGACAAACCCAAACUGGCUAUAUUAUCUCGAAAUGGAUCUAGAGAAAUAACCAACGAGAACUUACUGGUACAGAUGGCAGAGGAAAUUGGAUUCCAAGUUGAGGUUUUGAGUCCGAACCCAAGAUCAGAAUUGGCAAAAAUUUAUAGAGCUCUCAAUUCAAGUGAUGUUCUAGUUGGCGUUCAUGGAGCUGCCUUGACUCACUUCCUGUUUAUGAAGCCUGGCUGUGUGUUUAUCCAAGUUAUUCCCCUUGGAUCAGAGUGGGCAGCAGAGACAUAUUUUGGUGAGCCAGCAAGAAAACUAGGCUUAAAUUAUAUUGGGUACCGAAUUCUUGCUAGAGAAAGCUCUUUAUAUGAUAAAUAUGAUGAAAAUGAUCCAAUUCUUAGAGAUCCAACAAGUGUCAACAAAAAGGGAUGGGAAUACACAAAGAGUAUCUACCUUGAUGGCCAAAAUGUGAGAUUAGAUCUCAGAAGAUUCCAAAAGCAUUUGGAUCAUGUUUAUCAUUACUCUGUGUCUAGAAUUAAGCGUAAACUUUAUCUCCAAUCACAGUGAUUUGUGGUUUUCAACAAAUUCUUGACCAAUCCCUGAAUCUUAUCUAAAGAAAUAGAUUGGUUGGUGAGGACAAACUGGGAAGGUAGAAGCUAAGUUUGUGAAUUGUAGAAAUUCUUG